AUGACACUGGAUCCUAGGAAACUCAAUCCAGAUCAAUUCACAUUCACAAAUGAUAACAUAGAGGAUGAUUCAUCUGUUUACACUUUGGAAGAUGAUUUAGAUAACACACAUAUCAAUACACCAUCACCAACAGCAGGUCAUCCAGACUCAUUCCACAUAUAUGAUCUACCAACACAUAUAUCAAGUCAUCGUGAUCUAUUAAACGAUGGGAAUCCUCAAACUCAGCCUUCAACUCCUGUCUCUACACCAUAUCAAGAAAGACCGAAUCAUCCAUUACGUGCAUUAACUUCAACACAUUUGGUACUGAAUCAACCGAAUGGUACAGAUGAUAGUCUUAUAACUCUGGAAACUCCACCUGUAUCAAGAGGUCCAUCAAAUGCUUCUGCAUUGAAACCUGGUUUGGAUUAUACAGAAACUCAAGCUAAUGAUGCAGAAGAAGGUGAUGCACAAAUUAUUAAACAAGAAACCAAUGAACUGACAGGAGAAACUGAAGAAAUACUUGUAAGAAGAAGUGUUAAGGACUUUAAAUUUGGUGACACUUUAGGUGUUGGGUCUUAUUCAACUGUUUUAUUAGCAACUGAUAAAAAUACUGAUAGAAAAUUUGCAGUUAAAGUUUUAGAUAAACGUCAUAUUAUUAGAGAGAAAAAAGUUAAAUAUGUUAAUAUUGAAAAAAACACAUUGAAUAGAUUAGGUAAAAGAAAUGGGUUAAUUCAUCUUUUUUUCACUUUCCAAGAUGAAUCAAGUCUUUAUUUUGUUUUAGAUUAUGCACAAAAUGGUGAAUUGUUGAAUUUAAUCAAAGAACAUGGUACAUUAAAUGAAGAAACUACAAGAUAUUAUGGUGCACAAAUCAUUGAUGCUGUGAAAUAUAUGCAUGAUAAUGGUGUUGUUCAUAGAGAUUUAAAACCUGAAAAUAUCUUAUUAGAUGCUAAUAAUAGAGUUCAAAUUACAGAUUUUGGUACUGCUAAAUUAUUAGAAAAAAAUGACGCUGGUCGUUAUCCAUCUGAUACAAAGGCUAAAUCAUUUGUUGGUACAGCUGAGUAUGUUUCUCCAGAAUUAUUAAAUGAAAAAGCCAUAGGUAAAGCUUGUGAUAUUUGGGCGUUUGGUUGUAUUAUUUAUCAAAUGAUUGCUGGUAAACCACCAUUUAAAGCACCAAAUGAUUAUCUGACAUUCCAAAAAAUUGUGAAAUUACAAUUUGCAUUUACUGCUGGUUUCCCAAUGAGUUGUAGAGAUUUAAUUAAAAGAAUUUUAGUAUUGAAUCCAAAAGAUAGAUAUACCAUAAAGGAAAUUCAACAACAUCAUUUUUUCCAAAGUGUUGAUUUUAAUAAUCCAGAAGAAUCAAUUUGGAAUCCAGAUCCUCCUGAAUUUGGUCCUUAUAAAAUCAAUGCUAAAUCAAUGUUACCAGUUCCAGGUUUAGAUACUUCAACUAAUUCAAGAUCCAAAAUUUAUUUACCAUCUAAAAGAAAUGCAUCAUCUUCAACAACUUCUGUUCCUGCCUCAGCUGAUAGUGCUGAUUCCACCGAAGAUAAUUCAAAUACUUCUAGAUCAACACAACCAACUCAAAGUCAACAAGUAUUGGCUAAAGCAAAGGCAACAGUUGCAGCUAGAAAACAAUCAGAAUCUAAUAAAAGAGUUCCAAGCGCAGGAAACGCUGCAAAUGCUGCAUCAGUUGCAUUAUCACGUCAACCAGAUCAAAUCAUCAAAGCUUAUAAUGAUAAGCAAGAAAAGGACAGAAAGGUUAAACAAGAAUUGGAUAAACUUCAAACCCCUGAUGAUGUUAAAACCCCACCUUUAAGUGCAUCUUCUCAAUUUAAGGAUACUACUGCUCAACAAUCAACACCAACUCAAGUUGAACAAAGAACCACCACAGCGGCUUCAACAACUCCAAAACCAAGAAGUGCAAGUUCAUACAAGACAUCUCUUAGAGAUCGUAAGAAACCAUCAAGUACUACAUUAACAGUUUCUCCAAUGACAAAAUUAGAUUUAGAAUUUGCAAAUCAUUUGAAAACUGUUGAUGAAAGAGUCUUGAAAAAAGGUGAGUUAAAUUUACAAAUUACAACUACAGAUGCAAUUGAAAGAAAAUAUAGAGGUAGAUUAGUUGAUUCACCAUUAGGUAUUAAUAAAUCUACAACUUCAAGUUUGUUAUCACAAGUUGCUAAUGGUUCAUUAAGUGGAUUAAGAAGUCAUGAUCUUGGGGAUCAUAAUGGUUCUGGAAGUUUAAUUAUAAAUCAUCAAAUUGAAUCUGAUGAAAAGGAUAAUUCAGGUGCUAAGGCUAAAUUUAAAAAAUUCUUUGGUGGUGGUACAGAUGAAAAUGAAAAAAGAUUAAGAACUUUAAUUGCAACUUCAAAUGGUAGAGCUUUAAUUUUCCAUACAAAUGUUGAUAAAGAUGAUUCACUGGAACUGAAGACAGAAAUUGAUAUUAGUAAUGCAAUUGUUAAAAUUAGAGAAUUAUUACCACCAGCAAUUAAAUCUGCAAAUACUGGAGGUUUAUUCGUUAUUGAAGUUCAAAAUACUGCAUUUGUUUUUGAAAGUUCACAAAUUGAAAUUACAAAUUGGACUCAAGUAUUAUAUAAAUCUAAAACAUUACCAAAUGAAAAACUUGCACAAAAAUUAAUUGAUGAUGAUCCUUCUGGUGAUGCAGGUACAAUUUUAGGUUCUGACGCAGCUAAAAGUGCAGCUAACUUAGCUACUAUAAACUCACCUCCAUUAAGUGCAAGAUCCAAUGAUUCAAAUGAAUUGAAAUCACCAGUUAUGUUGACCUUAUCAAGCUUUAAUGAUACAGUACCACCAAAAUCACCACCUAAAAAGACAUCAACAGCAUCUUUAAGACAAAAACCAUCAACUGUUGCAACAUCACCACAACAAGGACGUCAAGAAUCUACAACUAGAAAACAUGAAGGUAUGUUGAAAGAUCUUGUUAAAUCAAGAACUGCUCAAAGACAAUCAUCUAAUAGAAAACAAUUACCAAAUAAUGGUCAAUUACAUUAUGGAUUACCAUUAACCACAAGUGAACAGAAAAGUGGUAUUCAACAUAAUCAAUCUAAUAAUACAAGUUCAAGAAAUACACUAAUUGCAGCAGCAUCUGCAGCUAUAUCAAACCAAUCUAGAGGAACAACACCAAAAACUAGAAAUUCCACUUCAGCAGGUACUACUAGUACUACAUCAAGUCCAAAUGCAUAUCACAGUGACAGUAUUUCAAAUAAUAAUAGUCAAGUACCAAGAUUAAUAACUGGUAUGAAUUCAAGAUUAUUAGCUAGAAGUCAUCAUGAUAAGAAAAAAAAAUAA